CGUCCUCGCUCGGUUAGCUCGGCGUUCGCUUCGCUGGGUCUGCGCGAAAUCGAGCACGCGCUCCGAGAGAGAGAGGCAUAGAGAGAGUGGGGCAGCCGAGCUACCAGCCAGCCCUGUAAUCAGAAAGAAAGAGAGAACUUACGCAAGAAAGAAACAUUGUCAUUUUCUCACCUGUCAGCGCGAUACGGAUAAUCGCAUUGCCUCGGAGAACCAAAUUACAACAACGGGCUUUGCCCGGCGGAAACAAAAAACAGCUUUUUGGAACUCAGUGGAAACAAAACAAAACAAAACAAAAAACCUGGAGCACAGACUGACAAUAAACGCACGCAUCGACAAGUGGACUGCUCUGCAGAUGGGAUCUGCCAAUGCACAGAGGCGAUAGGAAAUAAGCGAGUAUCUCUGUCGCCCCGUGCGCACAUACGUCUUGCAUGUACGAUAAUAUCAAUUUCAGCAAACUUUAAACUCAGAAGAAACAAUGAAGGCUUGAAACUCUCCCAGUGUAACGUUUUGUUAGCUAGCUGGCUAAAAGCUAGCGGGUUUUUUUCUAUUGUGGAGUGGAGUGUGCCCGAAGAAACGUUGGCUAGCUGCUAACGUUAGCUAACGUGUUGUUUUGAAAGUUGAAAGUUUGGCAUUUCUUUUCCCUAAAGAGUAAGAGCGUGUUACAGCCGAAGUUAAAGGGGAGGGAUCCCUUAUUGACCCCGCUCCCUUCCUCUGCACGUUUUUUUGUAAAUGAUGGCCGCUGAGGUCAGCACCGAUGAGACGGGUUCGAUCUCUGCUGGGACGGGGGUUAUGAGCGGUGGAGGCCCCGACACCUCGCUUUUUUAUUAUCCCAAAUCGAGGGUGCGGGUCAGCGAAUUGGGCACAGUGGCAAAUCAAAUCCUCCGCCAGCCAUCCAACAGCUCCCCAGACUCUCUCCUGGAAAUGCCGAUGUACCCGCUCCCCGGAGGGGAUCUCUCAGGAUCAGUAUUGCCCUUCGCUGGGAGUGGCAGCGGUGGCAGCAUCGCUUUUGGGGCAAACUCAGGAGCCGACACCGGUGGGACCUAUUCCCCGACUUCAGAGGGAUUAAAUAGCGGGAUCUCGCCCACCUCGAUGGGUCUGGACGGGCCCGGUUACUUUCCACCGUUGCCACCCCCUCCGUCGGUUUACGGGGCUUACGGGACUCUCGGCACUGUGGAUGAAAACGAUCUGCAAGAUGGGCCAGAAUACGAGGAAGAGGAGGUGACAUUUCCACUCACUGCCCCGCCUACGAACCAGUGGUACCAUGGGAAGCUGGACCGGACCAUCGCGGAGGAGCGUCUACGCCAGGCCAGGUCGGCAGGAAGUUACCUCAUCAGGGAGAGUGACCGCAGGCCCGGCUCCUUCGUCCUGUCCUUCCUCAGCAUGACCAACGUGGUCAACCACUUCAGGAUAAUUGCCAUGUGUGGCGAUUAUUACAUCGGUGGGAGGCGGUUCUCCUCGCUGUCGGACCUGAUUGGCUACUACAGCUACGUGUCCUAUCUGCUGAAGGGAGAGAAGCUGUUGUCACCUGUAGCUCCACCGGAGCCAGUGGAAGACAGGAGGCGGGUCAGAGCCAUCCUCCCGUACACCAAAGUGCCAGAUACAGAUGAGAUCUGUUUCCUAAAAGGGGACAUGUUUAUUGUUCACAAUGAACUGGAGGACGGAUGGAUGUGGGUCACCAACGUGAGGACGGAGGAGCAGGGCCUGAUCGUGGAGGAUCUGGUGGAGGAGGUGGGGCGUGAGGAGGACCCACACGAGGGUAAAGUCUGGUAUCACGGGAAGAUCAACAAGCAGGAAGCCUACAACCUGCUGAUGACAGUCGGUCAGGUGUGCAGCUUCCUGGUCAGGCCCUCUGACAACACGCCCGGAGACUACUCCCUGUUCUUCCGCACCAAUGAGAACAUCCAGAGGUUCAAAAUAUGCCCCACCCCCACCAACCAGUACAUGAUGGGUGGCAGGUACUAUAACAGUGUUGAUGACGUAAUCGAGCAUUACAAAAAGGAACAAAUUGUGGAGGGAUACACCCUGAAGGAAGCAGUGUCCAUCCAGCACCAGGAACAGGUAAUCUCCGAUUUGGUGGACGGCAAAGAAAUCUAUAACACUAUUCGACGGAAAACAAAAGAUGCAUUCUACAAAAAUAUCGUCAAGAAGGGCUAUCUCCAAUUUAACAAAGGUAAAGGGAAGCGAUGGAAAAGCCUGUACUUCAUCCUGGAGGGCAACGACGCCCAGCUCAUCUACUUCGAGAGCGAGAAGCGCGCCACCAAGCCCAAGGGUCUGAUCGACCUGAGUGUGUGCUCCGUGUACGGCGUCCAUGACAGUCUGUUUGGCAGGCCGAACUGUUUCCAGAUUGUGGUUCAGCACUUCAGUGAAGAGCAGUACAUCUUCUACUUUGCUGGAGACACUCCCGAACAUUCCCAGGACUGGAUGACAUGUCUACAAACUUUCUGCAGUAAUCUGAGGAAGCCAACGCAACCAACCACCAACAAGCGGCUUCGGCAGGUCAGCAGUUUAGUCCUGUACGUGGCGGAGGCCCACAAGCUCCCCGUGAAACAUUUCACCAACCCCUACUGCAACAUCUACCUGAACAGCGUCCAGGUGGCCAAAACACACCCCAGAGAGGGGCAGAACCCCAUUUUUACUGAGGAGUUCAUCUUUGAUGAUUUGUCGAGUGACAUAAACAGGUUUGAGAUCAGCUUGAGCAACAAGACAAAGAAGAGCAAAGAAAGUGAUAUCUUGUUCAUGAGGUGCCAGCUGAACCGGCUGCAGAAGGGCCAGCUGAUCGACGAGUGGUUCCCCCUCAGCUCCCACGUCCCCCUGAAGGGCAUCGAGCCGGGGGGCCUGCGCGUGCGCGCCCGCUACUGCGUGGAGAAGAUCAUGCCUGAGGAGGAGUACAGCGAGUUCAAGGAGCUCAUCCUGCUGAAGGAGUUCCAUGUGAUCUACGCGCUGGCUGACGUGCGGGGUCAGGACCGCUCCCUGCUGGCCAGCAUUCUGCUGAGAAUAUUCCGGCACGAGAGGGUGGAGGCGCCCCUGCUCUGGACACUAAACGACCGGGAAAUUAGCAUGGAGGACGAAGCGACCACGCUGUUCCGCGCCACCACGCUAGCGAGCACGCUAAUGGAUCAGUACAUGAAGGCCACGGCCACCACCUUCGUCCAUCACGCCCUGAAGGACACCAUCCUCAAGAUCAUGGAGAGCAAGCAGUCCUGCGAGCUGAACCCUUCUAAACUGGAGAAGAACGAGGACGUGAGCGCGAACCUGAUGCAUCUCCUGAACAUCCUGUCCGAGCUCGUGGAGAAGAUCUUCAUGGCCGCUGAGAUCCUCCCUCCGACUUUGAGGUUCAUUUUCGGAUGUUUACAGAAAUCAGUACAACAGAAAUGGCCAGCAAAUACAACGAUGAGGACGAGAGUUGUGAGUGGCUUUGUCUUCCUGCGAUUGAUCUGCCCGGCAAUCCUCAACCCAAGAUUGUUCAGCAUCAUCACAGACGCCCCCUCAUCGACUGCGAGCCGUACCUUCACCCUGGUCGCCAAGUCGGUGCAGAACCUGGCAAACCUGGUGGAGUUUGGUGCCAAGGAGCCAUACAUGGAGGGAGUGAACCCCUUCAUCAAAAACAACAAGCACCGCAUGAUCAUGUUCCUGGACGAGCUGGGGAAUGUUCCGGAGCUUCCUGACACUACGGAGAACUUCAGGACCGACCUGUCACGUGACCUCGCCGCCUUGCACGAGAUCUGCGGGAUGCAUUCGGAUGAGCUGCGUACACAGAGCAAUGAGAGGGGAGCGCAACAGCACGUGCUGAAGAAGCUCCUCGCCAUCGCGGAACUGCUGCAGCAGAAACAGGUGCACUACGCCAUGUCCAACAGCAACAGAACUGAGUGCACCAUAAUCAGUACCAUCCAGAUCUUGUGACCUGUCGAGCCAAGGAGGACCAAGAGCCCCAAAGCUGGACCAGGCUGCUCGCAAACGACCUCUUCUUGACCUUUCACUUGCUGAGGUCAUCGUCUAUAACCUGCUGCACCCUCCAUAUUAACAAAUGGACCUUUUUACAUGAAACCAUCAACUUAUCAGUACUUGUAGCUGGCAUUUCAACAAACUGAUUCAUCAGGCAGCCGUUUGUCUCCAGGGUAAAAUGGAAUUGGCCUACACAAGGUUUGAACCUAUAAUCCAGUUCAGUACCCACUGCUCCACACCCUAUUUGGAGACCUUGCCGAGGACCUGGAAACAGGCACCGGAAAGGGCACCCGAGACUCCGGCCUCACGAGGGGUCCUUCCCUCUCGGCUCCGCCUCUGUGGACCCAGCUCAUGCGCAAACUUUGAUCCUGCUCUGAAAAGCUCAGACAGCCCAGCUGACAGUUCCCACUGAAAACUCCCUGAAGAGUCAGCUCAUCCCAGCGAGUUUCCCGCUCCAGUGCCAGCUAGGACGAUUACUGGGCUGCGGUUUGAGACGACAAACGGGUGAUAAAAAGAAUCAGGGAAACGCAUCACCUGUGUGUGACACCAGCCUUAAGUAACGUUUAACGCCGCCCAGCCCGUUCCGCAAACCCGCUCUCUGAAGCUUCACCCCGUCUGCCCUGACAAAACUCCGUUUAAAGAGCCGUCGCGUCUUUUGUACCGCAUUGCUUGUUGAUAUGAUGUAGCUACUCUAUUGAUUUCUGUUGUGCAAUGUGUCGGCACCCCAUUUUCAGAAGAGUUUGAAGUAGUUUCCCCCGCUUUAUUAGAUGCUUUAUUAAUGCUCGAUAGGUCCACCAUGGAUGUCUUGAACAUUGUGGUGAACGCGGUCCUCAGACAAACCUGGAGAACCACGGCUAUCUUCCCACUGCGUAUUAGGGGACGGAAGGGGAGGGGGAACAAUUAUGCUGUUGCACGUAUAUUAAUGUCCUGCGCGACUUCCAUACGUUUCCCCCAUCUUUUCCCCGUAACGCAACCGCACGUUUUUCCAAACAAAGCUGCUCCUGAAUCUGGAAGCGCUGAAAGAACACAUACCUCACAAAAUAUGACAGGAAACGCUCCGACAUCAUUUACCUCCUUAUGAGGACUGGCAGAUGAGUUGAGAGGUGUGUCGUCUUUACUGCAGUUUAGUUUUAUUUUUCUAAAUAACACACGUCAACUGAAUGAGCUUAGAUACGUUAGGAGGUUUGAUUGAAAAAUCAACAUUGUUUUCAAAACUCGCAAAAAAAAUUAACCACUGUGUUACAUCUUCAAUGCCUUGACAGUGUUCUGGGGAUGCUAUAAGAUGCAGUCAGAUAGUUGUGUACCUAGUUGAGACAGACAGAAGCUCCUGUCCCAUAGAGAACAGAAGCCUGAGUUUUUUUCCUGAAGUAUUCUUAACCCUUUGAGGAGUAGGAUUUCUGGAAUGUUUUAUCAACAUUCUAAAUCGGUGUUCUAGAACUCCACUGCUUUCAGUUACCGGUAGUGAUUGUGACAUCAGCAUUAGAAUGUUCAGUUUCGAACAUUCUAAUCACAUAUUUGUGGUCUCACACCUUGAAGGAUUAAAAAGUGUGGACUGUUAAAAUACUCACGAGCUUGCGUUUGGAAAGAACUCGGCAUGGACCCGCUCCAGCUUCUGCUUGCAAGCGCCGACGUCUUCCGGGUUCGGAGGCUCGUAUUUCUUAACAUGGUUUUUUAUUCCUAAAGAUAAAAUAUGUAGAUAAGUAAAAGAAAUGCGUGCAACUGAUUACUUGAAACUAUAUUAAGUGUAACUGAUCCUUUACAGUGCAUACAUGACAUGUUGACUUGUACGGUUUUUAUAAAUGCUUUACAAAUUAGCAAUAAAAGUCUUGUGAAUGCU